GCUCCCGCCGCCUCCGCCCGCCGCCCCGGCCGCGUCGGGUAAACCUGUUCUGCGAGGCGGCCGCGCCGGGGCGGAUCGAGCGGCCGGCGGCUCCUCGCGGCUCGCGGCGUCGGGGCCCGUGGAGCGCGCGGCCGGCCCUCGGCCGCGGCCCUCGGCAACGCCACCAUGUACUCGGGAGCCGGCCCCGUUCUUGCUUCUCCUGCUCCGACAACAUCACCCAUCCCAGGAUAUGCCUUCAAACCUCCACCUCGGCCGGACUUCGGCACCACCGGGAGAACAAUCAAACUACAGGCCAAUUUCUUUGAAAUGGACAUCCCCAAAAUUGACAUCUAUCACUAUGAAUUGGACAUCAAACCUGAGAAAUGCCCUCGGAGAGUGAACAGGGAAAUCGUGGAGCACAUGGUCCAGCACUUUAAAACUCAGAUCUUCGGGGACCGGAAGCCAGUGUUUGAUGGGAGGAAGAAUCUGUACACAGCAAUGCCCCUUCCGAUUGGCAGGGACAAGGUGGAGCUGGAGGUCACGCUGCCGGGAGAAGGCAAAGAUCGCAUCUUUAAGGUAUCCAUCAAGUGGGUGUCGUGCGUGAGCCUGCAGGCAUUACACGAUGCACUUUCGGGGCGGCUGCCCAGCGUCCCCUUCGAGACGAUCCAGGCCCUGGACGUUGUCAUGAGGCACUUACCAUCCAUGAGGUACACCCCGGUUGGCCGUUCCUUCUUCACUGCGUCUGAAGGCUGUUCCAACCCUCUAGGUGGGGGCAGAGAAGUGUGGUUUGGCUUCCAUCAGUCCGUCCGACCUUCUCUUUGGAAAAUGAUGCUGAAUAUCGAUGUAUCGGCAACAGCGUUUUACAAGGCACAGCCAGUGAUCGAGUUUGUUUGUGAAGUUUUGGAUUUUAAAAGUAUUGAAGAACAACAAAAACCUCUGACAGAUUCCCAAAGGGUAAAGUUUACCAAAGAAAUCAAAGGUCUAAAGGUGGAGAUAACGCACUGUGGUCAGAUGAAGAGGAAGUACCGUGUCUGCAAUGUGACCCGGCGGCCUGCCAGUCACCAAACGUUCCCACUGCAGCAGGAGAGUGGGCAGACAGUGGAGUGUACAGUGGCCCAGUACUUCAAGGACAGGCACAAGCUGGUUCUGCGCUACCCCCACCUCCCGUGUUUACAAGUCGGACAGGAGCAGAAACACACCUACCUACCUUUGGAGGUCUGUAACAUAGUUGCUGGACAGAGAUGUAUAAAAAAAUUAACAGACAAUCAGACCUCAACCAUGAUCAGAGCAACUGCCAGGUCAGCACCUGAUCGCCAAGAGGAGAUCAGCAAACUGAUGCGAAGUGCAAGUUUCAAUACAGACCCAUAUGUUCGUGAAUUUGGAAUCAUGGUGAAAGAUGAGAUGACAGAUGUGACUGGGCGGGUUCUGCAGCCGCCCUCCAUCCUCUACGGGGGCAGGAACAAAGCAAUUGCCACCCCUGUCCAGGGUGUGUGGGACAUGCGAAACAAGCAGUUCCACACAGGCAUCGAGAUCAAGGUGUGGGCCAUCGCCUGCUUCGCCCCCCAGCGCCAGUGUACAGAAGUCCAUCUCAAGUCCUUCACAGAGCAACUGAGGAAGAUCUCGAGAGAUGCUGGGAUGCCGAUCCAGGGUCAGCCCUGCUUCUGUAAAUACGCACAGGGUGCAGACAGUGUGGAGCCCAUGUUCCGACACCUGAAGAACACAUACGCUGGCCUCCAGCUGGUGGUGGUCAUCCUGCCUGGCAAAACUCCUGUGUAUGCGGAAGUCAAGCGUGUGGGAGACACAGUGCUGGGGAUGGCCACACAGUGCGUCCAGAUGAAGAACGUGCAGAGGACCACGCCACAGACCCUAUCCAAUCUCUGCUUAAAGAUCAAUGUCAAACUGGGAGGCGUCAACAACAUCCUACUGCCACAGGGCAGGCCUCCAGUGUUCCAGCAACCUGUCAUCUUCCUGGGAGCCGAUGUCACCCACCCACCAGCUGGGGAUGGGAAGAAACCUUCUAUUGCUGCCGUCGUGGGCAGCAUGGACGCACACCCCAACCGCUACUGUGCCACCGUGCGUGUGCAGCAGCACCGACAGGAGAUCAUCCAGGACCUGGCUGCCAUGGUACGAGAGCUGCUCAUUCAGUUCUACAAAUCUACCCGCUUCAAGCCCACCCGAAUCAUCUUCUACCGAGAUGGCGUCUCCGAGGGCCAGUUCCAGCAGGUUCUCCACCAUGAGCUCCUGGCCAUCAGAGAGGCCUGCAUCAAGCUGGAGAAGGACUAUCAGCCAGGGAUCACGUUCAUCGUGGUGCAGAAGCGGCACCACACACGCCUCUUCUGCACAGACAAAAACGAGCGGGUUGGAAAGAGUGGGAACAUUCCUGCAGGCACAACCGUGGACACGAAGAUCACCCACCCCACUGAGUUUGACUUCUACCUGUGCAGUCACGCCGGCAUCCAGGGGACAAGCCGUCCUUCCCACUACCACGUGCUUUGGGAUGACAAUCGUUUUUCUUCUGAUGAGCUGCAGAUUCUGACCUACCAGCUGUGUCACACCUACGUGCGCUGCACACGCUCUGUGUCAAUACCCGCGCCAGCUUACUAUGCUCACCUGGUGGCCUUCCGAGCCAGGUACCACCUGGUGGAUAAAGAACAUGACAGCGCUGAAGGAAGCCAUACCUCUGGGCAGAGCAACGGGCGAGAUCACCAAGCGCUGGCCAAGGCGGUCCAGGUCCACCAGGACACACUGCGCACCAUGUACUUUGCUUGACCUGUUGUAUUGUUUAGCGAUUGUGUACCAAGUUGGAUUCACACGAGACCAGCUACACUCAGACCAACAGAUGCCCAGCCCUUCUGUGACAGCCAGCAUCGAACAUGAGACGUCUUUGGUUUUAUUAGAUCCUCCGUUUUCCAGAAUGCCUUCCGUCCCAGAUGUCAGACUUGGAUUUUGAGCUGUAGGCCUGUAUGAGACCCCAGUGUAGGAAACAUGGUUUGCCAAACCUAUAAGCUGCUCACUGAGAGUCCCGUUUCCUAAAAACAAAACAAAAAAACAAAACAACAACAAAAUGUCCUAAAACCAGUCUAUGAACUCUCAGGGCUUUAAAACAUUUUAAUUUAUUUGGUCAUCCAAUUUACUUGUUUUUAACACCUGAUUCUCAAUGAAAUCGAUGGGCUCCAUCUAGCUGUGAAGGCUCUGAGCAUGAAAGCCACACCAUUUCCAUUGGGGUUUUAAAGCCUGGCCCUAAGAAGUUGUCACUAAUGUUGAGUUCUAAGGGAUGCCAUGCGCCCUGCAGCCCCAGGGCGUAUGGCUGCUAGGUCUCCACAGUGUCUCUCGCGGCCACUGCCUGCCCUCGAGGCCUGAACAAAGGCACAGUGGCCAAGGAGAUGGUCACGUGUGUUUACGGCAGUGACAAGUCCGAGAGAUUGGCAGACAAGUGCCAUUUUGAUAAAAAUUUAUUUAAAAAGAGAAAAAAAGACAAUAUACUGACAGUCUAAUCAUAAGAUUUGUCCUGUAGGACUGUGACAUUUAUUUUCCAAAGUUUCUAAAGAAUACGGGUCUGUGGUGAUAAAUACAGUACAAUCCUUUUUCACUGUUAAUGUCUUUAAUGUAAGAGAAGAAUAUAUGUAUCUGGUUUGCAGUAUUAAUGUGGUAGGUAGAUGCUGUUUCCCUUUCGUUGAUGAGGGGCGCUUCUCGUGACCUGCUUCACAUAUCAGGAGCUGUGUGAAGCCUGGAGACAGUCCACCUCUUGUGGCUUUUAGUGCUUAAGUAGAGGAAUAUGCAACUGGCUUCACGUACCAGCGAUGCCCCCUCCUCCCUCCCCACCCCCAGUGUGGACUGUGUAGCCUGUACCUCCGGAAGGACAGUGCGCUUGCCAGUAACCUGCCGUCCUCCCUGCCUCGUCCAUGUGUGUCGCUCAGCCGAUGAAGCACAAAUGGAAUUUAUUUAUUCUUCCAUUGCUGGGAAACAAGUUCACGUAAGAGUGCACUUCUCUCAGUGUGCAGUUAUGGAAGGUGGGUUUCAUAGGAUCUAUGCACUGAAGUGGAAAGAGAGCUGCCCAUAGCGGCUCUGCCAGCAUGGGACUGGCAGGUAGGAAUGGACUGUGCCCGAGGACCUGACUGUGGGCAAGGCCAGCAGGGAAGGCACAGACUUUCUCUGGGUGUUAUUUGCUUCUGGGCCCCAGUGUGGGUUUUCCAGCCCAGAGACCAUUGAACUGAGAAGGGGCCACUACGAAUGGCUCUGCGGAUGGCAGCAGCCACGUCAGUGUGUGUGUCCUUGUGGGGCUCUCUGUGCUUGUCCCGAAGCUGAGCGAGCAUCGGGCUCACUCCGUUCCACAUACGCGUGCGUUCCCGGAAGGAGAUGAGCCUUCUCUUGUGUGCUGCUCUGUGCUCUGUGGGUUUUUUCUACCCCUGCUGAUGGGCCUCAUCCCCCAGCUCUGCGUCAUUUACCUCUGACCCUGCGGAGGAGGGAGGGUGCCCACCCUCUCCCCCUGCCGUGGCACCUCAUGCUAGAGGACACAGUACCACCUUUGCCCCGUUCCCCAUCUUCUCUGGAGCUGGUGGGAAGGGCAGACGCAGUUACCUGGGAAGUCACACCCUCAGCAGGUGUGUGUAUCCGUGUAUGCAUGUGGGUGUCUUACUAAUGACAAUAGUCUCUUCUUGCUGUGUCUUUAGAAAUCUUUUAAAGUAACAGACCCCCCCAGUCUAAGAAGCACUGGGACUGCCUGCUAUCCCAUUGGCAAGUGGCACCUUCUCAAACUGUUUCCAAAACGAUAUAAAAACACUCAGUUGGCCUAACAUGGUCAGGCUGGGGAACUGGUUAAACUAGUGAACUUUUAGAAUCUGAAAUUGGAUUGUUUUCAACCAUUCUUAGAACCAGUGUGUUUCUAAGGUGUGUCUUCAGCCCCUUGCCAUGGGAUCUUAGUCAUGCAAGUGAGUUUUUUAGAAUGCAGAUUCUCAGGCCUGCUGCCAGCUUCUUGGAUCUGGCACUGUGUUUGAGGCCACCCCUCAACCCCCACCGUGGCUCUGUAGGCUUUCUGAGGCCGUCCCCCCUUAUGCCAGGGGGACAGGAAGGAACCCCUAUCAGAGCUCACACCUAGGAACACUUGUGGGCUGGGGCAAAAAAAUCUUGAGCUGGGAGUUUUGUUUUGAUCACCUUGAAGGAUAGGUUUUCUUUCUGAUGGGCCAAAGUACUGGACGAGAAGUGUUUUCUGUAGGAGCCCACGCUUACUUGUGACACUUUUAAUAGGAAAUGUAUCCCCAGACCAAAUGUCCCUAAUUGAGUUAGAUGCACACCAUCCACAUGUCUGAUGGUGCAGAGCUUAUAAAUGGCUAUAGUUCCAAUUUCUCAGGUAAAUAAUUGUUUUCCCCAAUUUCUGCCCUCCCCUUAUUAAUAUUAGUUUGAGACAGUGUGAGACCUCAGAGUGCGGUAGCAGCUCCGGCCAUCUUCUGCAGGAGCCAGCUUUUUGUGUGUAUCUGUACCCAAGACUGGUGACAGGUGCCAUUUUCUCCUGAGGUGAUACCUGGCCAAGUUUGACGACUGCCCACUUGCUAGCUGUGUUCCCAACCCCACUGUUAAGUAAGGUGUGCCUUGCUUUAAGCAAACUGAAUGUGAUUGUGUUGUGUGUGCUCUGUAUCCAUUUGGAAGGAAAACUAGGAUGUGCCUGUCUCUUUAAGAGAGGCUAGCCAAUUAGCCUCUCAUGGUGGGACUCUCCUAGUACACUGUAAGAUACUCUUAAAAAACCCAUCGUGACAUCCAUCCCUUUACCACUGUGUGCACCAUGCAGCAGGUCCCUCCCUCCCCAUGCUCAUGAAGCAAUGCAAAACUCUAGAGAGACAUCGAGGCCCCAUUCCAUAGAUUUAGCCCUAGUGAUACUAGCAAAACUCCCACCCUGUCACUGCGUGUUUUAAGCCCAGAUUCUCCUAGUCCCCAUCGAGUCUGAAACCGAGCACGCCUGUACUUCUUGUCAGGGGCUGUUGGGUUUUGGCUUCCUUCUCCCAUUUGGGGAAGUCCUCACAUGCACACUUGAUACCACUUUGGGUCUGCUCUGCCUUCUCCAGAUUUGGCCUCUUGGCCACUCCUCACACCCACCCGCUUGCUGGCCUCCAGGCCACAGGGCACUGCCAGUGAGGAGACUGCUAGCUCCGUGCUGUCUGCAGCUGGCCCAACUUCUGUAUUCCUAAUGUUUACCUGUUACUGAGCGCUUGAUAGAAAGACGGGCCCCUGCAGCGGGCUUGGGCGGGUUUGGUUUUUUGGUUUUGGUUUUCCAUUGUCUUGUUCUUGUGUUAUUUUAUUGGUUUUAAAUGCAAAUGUUGCUAUUUAUUUUUUUCUCUCUCCUGCUCUGGUUUGACUAAGCUGAUCUGGCUAUCUCAAUGCAUGUGGUACCUGAUGGAUGGAUAUGGUAGAGAUUAUUUCCCCCGCCUUUUAUAACUGGCCCGGUAUUUACCUUCAGGCUUGCUAAUGCUUUAUUUUUGGAAGCCACAGAUGUAGUUUUUCUGGAUGAAUUGCUUUUCCUAUAGAUGCAGCGGUAUGCUUUUGCAUUGAUCUGCAGGGUGAUUUGAAUUUUAUUUUUACAAGCAGUUUUUCAAUCAAAUUCUAUAUUUGAUACAAUGUGUUAAGGCUAGACCAGCCCGAAGUCAUGCAGCUGGGGACCCCUGAGUGUCCAGGAGGCCUUAGGGCUGGGUGGCCUCUCUUGGUAGUCCCUGUGGUGGUAGCACUGGUCACAGGAACCUGCAGGGUCUUCAUUAUGGCCCUGACCUCGUAGAUUGUUACAAGGAUUUUUUUUCAUGGGCAUUUUGCUACACAGACAGUGGACAAUCCCGGUGGCCCCAGACAAGCCAUAAGCAACCUUUCUGUGACCUCUCCCUGACUCAUCUCUCACACCCAUGAUAAAAGGAAUGUGCCCUGAGUAGAAGCUACACUUCCUUGGUGUUCAUCUGCCUCACUUGUGAAUGCAGAUAUUUUGUUUGUUUUAAGCCCUUCCCUGCAGUAACCAUGCUGGCUGGCUCUCACAUAGGCAGAGCACACGUGACUCUUGUCAUGAGCGCCCCGUUGCAGGCAUGCCGACUCCUGUAAGUUGCACUGAUCUCUCGACAGUUUCCUUUAUUGCGUCCAACUCCCCAUCUGCUGUACUCAUUUGAAGUGAUUGUAAACGGAUUCACAGUGGCAAGAGUGACGUUGAUGUGGGACAUUGCCUCACUUCUGCCAUCCCAACACACAUUUCAGUAUUACGUGCUCGAGUGUGCGGGCUGGGCUCUUACUCUCUCAAGCAUUGUGGGCUAGCCUUGUCUCAACACUCUGACAAGAAGUUCUCCCUCUCUAUACAGGACAGCAUGCUCUUUGAGACCUGAAGGCUUGAAUGUAAACAGGUUAGUUAGAAGUCUUUGUGGCGCUUUGGUCUGUUUAGUUUUCUUGUGAUCUGCAAGGCCCCCCAAAAGUAUGUCCUUCUAGUUCCGUGUGGCCUUUGUCAGCGUGGACAGCAUAUGAAUAGCCCAGUCAGUGUUAACAGGCCAUUGCUACAUUCUUUGGCCAGCCCCUCAACUUAAAGUUGUGAGGUCACUGCUGUGUCAGACUGUCAUUUGUGGUCCAUCCAUGGGAGACCUAAAGCCUGGUGCAGCCCUUUAUGCCUUGUGACCCUGCUGGGACCUAAGUGUACAUGAUCUGUUUAGCCCCACAUGGACUGUCUGUAGUCAGGGUGCCCAGAGUCUGAAACAAAAGGAAUUAUUACACUUAAACCGCGCAGGGGGACGACACACAGACAGACAGUGCCAUUGCAGACAUUGCAGAGCCCUCCCUCACCUUGUGUCUUUGGAUUUGUUCAGCCAUUUUAUUUGUCUCAAGUUGAAUGUACCGGCUUAGCCAAAUCACUACAGAAGGUGGUUUCUUUAAACCUUUUAGACAGAUGCAUAAAAGCUACCUCUGACUUCUCAUAGAUUUGUGUUUGCUCUGAAGCAUCGCUAUCCACACUGAAUAUAGCCAAAAUAUCGCCUGAAUAAACCGAGUUACGAACUCCUCUGUUCACUUCUGGCUUGAAAAUGUGUGAGUGCCAUACUGUGAUCUGAGGCGGUGGCUUCUCUGCUGCCACUGACCCAGGGACUCCUCAGCACCACCCAGCUACAAGAUCCUAGCGUCUGAGAGGCUGGUAGACGGGCUUCUCUGCAUGGGGAACAUGCACCCUCCAGGCUGGUGGGCGUGACUGCGCAAGGCCACGUGCGGCUGAGCCUGGAGGUGGUCUGUUCCUGCCUGGUUUUGCUUUCCUAUUUAAUAGUGUAAGAAGGCAUCUUUACCCCUGCUUUGCUUCUGAAUGGAUUGAAAGUGGCUUUCCUGCUCUCUCCUCCCUUUUUGUACACUAUAAACUCAUAAAGGUGCUUCAACACCGACUCUUGUGCAGAUAAUGUAGUUAAGCAGUUGCAUGGAUUCAGAUAGUGCAGGCACAGCUGACCUUGGGACCCUGGUGAAAGUGAAGGACUGAAAGCCCUGAGCUCCAUUUGGAGGGAGCAGUGGGCUCUGCUUGACUAGGUCCCUUUAGCGUUGGCAGAACAGAGAUUUGUCAUGGGGACCCGCCACCUCUGACCAAGCUGUCCUGUGGCUGUCCACUUUGCUGUCCAGGAGGUCAUCCUCUUACAUCAUGGCUCCACCUGCAUUGCCUUGGCCUCUCCACCUAAAGUUUCCUUGGAAAGUCAGCAUAAGAUCCCAGAUUCCCCUGUUUAGCUUGAGGGACAGAUGGACAGUGUCAUGAAGGCAGGUGCCUGGGGAUUGGGCUGGGCUUAGGGGAGCUCUUCUAAAGGUUGUCUCUGUGCCCUCCCCAACCUCCCCCACAUACACCCCCCAUUGUAUUGUUUUGGGGGGUGUCAUCUUCCAUUCUUUUGACUUGGACAGCUCAGUACCCUUAAGAGCCCUCACACAUUUCUCUGUGUAGAGAACCUGAGGCGUGGAGGGUGGUGGGGUGUCUGCAACACCCCUGACCUGCACCCCAGGUUUCUUAAAUCCUCUGACUUGGCUGGAAUUUGAAAAUCCAGGGAAGCACAGGGUGCUAGAUAUGUUACACUUAGGGUCACACCCAGGUGCCGUGGUGUAAGCCACAGCCCUCAGGGCACCAGCACAGAGGCAGCCAGCCUCCCCACUCGUGACAUUUGGGAAGGAUACCAAACAAGCCAGAGCCCUGGCUGCUGCAGUAUUCAGCUAACACUUCCUUUUCCUGGUUGAAGGGAGAACACUAUUUGAAACCUUCUAAUGCCCUGGUGGUUCUAGUUCCUCUGUUCCUGAGGGCUAAAAGGUUGAAUGAGCUCCUGUUUUGCUUAGAGCUGCCUUUGAGUCCAUUUAAAGGUGAAGCAUGGGACUGUAUCCUCUUCCCUGAGUCACCAGCAAGUAGGUGUGGAGACCCUUCUCAUUCAGUUCUUUCUGCAUCUUCAAGCGCCCCAACAUCAGUGGGAUCACAAGAGCACCCACACCAGCCAUCAGCGGAGUCAAGUAUACAUAUGGGGACAGAAAUUGGCAAAUUUACAGGUUGUAAUGGCCACUCCAGCUUGUGACAGGGAAGGCCCUCCAUCCUGCACAGCAGGUGGCCUUGGUCCUACCUCCAGGCACUGGCUUUACUAUCUGGACACCUAGUCUCACACUUGAGAGCCUUGAAAGUCUGUUCUUGGUGUCCUUCUAGAAUCAUGCUGGGACAGGUCAUUAGUUGACCCUGCCCAGAAGCUCUGUCAGCCCUCAGCUCUUUCUUGCAAACUGUGAUGCCACCUUGUAGCCUAUGGCUGUGGAGCCCCGUCCUGGGUUCUUUGUGCCCUGAAAUACAGGUGCACCUCUGCUGGGGGUUGGUUGGGCACUGGCAAAGGCUACUUGCUGGUCUUGUGUUCUCUGCCCCUCAGCAAGACUGUCUGUUGUAGUGGAAGUAGGUUUAGAGGGAUUUGGAAUCAUGUCUUUGUGAAUCGAGUGUGACGUCAUCAGGGGUAAGGUGCUACUUGGUCCUAAUGUUUUGGAAUGCUUUUCCGUCUUGUUACUCCAUUGUUACUCUCUGUUCUAUGACACUGGGGAGACUGCUCACUUAGGUGUGGUGUCACAUAGGACUCCAGCUUUGAUGUGCUGUGCGGGUGGUGUGAUUAUCAUCUCUGACCUUCUCAAGCCAGGGGUGGUACCCUUCCCUAGCUUAGUCUAAUUAAAUCUUUCCUCCCUGUCAAGUGAUUGCUUUGGGUGGUUUUAACAGGAGUAGUCCAGUCUGGUUAUUCUAUUUUCUUAAUAACAUAGAAAAGGCCCGUGCAGCACUAGCUGCAGACAGAUAACAUAUUUAACAAUUUUGGUUCAUCUUCAAAGCCAAAUAGACCUAUGUGAUUAAACUCCAAGAGGGUACAAUUCAGCAUUAAAUUAAAAUUUGAGUCAUGAAUUUGAGAGGGAAUUUCAGUAUAGUUGAUAAAGUUAUGAAUUAAUGUUUUAUAAUUGUAGUGGCAAGUGAGUAUUUAUAAAAUUUAUAAGAGAAUAAUUGUAAGUUUCUGUACAACAAUUUGGCUACUGCCUCAUAAAAACAGGAAGAGACCAUAGCCCUGAAUCUGACUCUCUUAUCUCCCACAUACUUUGGAUUAUCUGCCUAAUAUGUAUUUGAGGGGUUUUAACCCUUGGUUUUAUCAAAUUUUCUAGUUUUAUUUUAUUUUUAUAAAAUAAUUGAAAAAGAACCAAAAAGGAAUCCAGAAGUUCCCCAGCGGCUCCUCCCCCAGUCUUAAUUCCCCCUACACACACAUUCAAAUGUUUUAGAAGACAUUUUGAAUCAAAAUGUAUUCCAUCCAUUUAACGUUUGCUACUUUCUGAGAAGUGGAGUGGCUACAAGGGCCUGUUUCAGGUGGUACUCUGUAUGUCAUGGACAUGUUUGUACCUGUACAGUGGAUCUGUGUGACGACGUCUUGUGCUUGCGGUUUAGAAACCACGCAGUGCUGUUUUGUAAAUUGACAGUUUCUGUGUAAACUAUUAUUUAUAUCCCUUGGCCCUUCUGUAUAAUUUUUCAUUUGCUACAUGGAUUGUAUAAUUAAUUAUAAAAUUAUAGUACCUGCUAAACCCAAUUCUGAGGCUUCAUGUCAUUGUCUUUGGUUUGAUACCAGUCUGGAUCGGGAGGCUGCCCAGGCCUUGCGCAAUACCAGUAGUGAUGUCACUUAAAGUUAAGCCUUAAUCAGAUAAUGAAUUUGUGCAUUUCAGAGUAUGCAAAAAAAAAAAAAAAA